ACCUAUGCUGAGAUUGGUUCCUUUCUCGCGGCUCAGUUCCGACGGUGCAUCGAUAGUGGGAAGUGCUCUCUCCCCGGGAAAAAUUCGUGUUCGCUUCGUUCGGUAGGUCCAUUUUUUCGUCCGCUUCUUUUUUUUGGUCGGUGACUAUUUGUAAGCUAGGCACACUUGCUGGCGGCUGGUUCGGGCUUCCAUCCUUGCCGCGUGCUCGGUCGGUCAGGAUCACACUGGUGUGUGGGGUGUGAGAUGGUUAUUGAUUCAAAGCAGCAGUAGGAAAAAAAAUACUCGAAAAGGAAGCGGAAUAAUAAAAGGAUAAUUUGGCUCGCGACGGUCGUACGUUUUCGCGGAAGGAUUGGUGCGGCGGAUGCGAGAUCUGAGAUUUUUGUUUUAUUUUUUUUAUACUGAAUUCACUCACUGUGGUCAGUGGUUUCGGGGGAGGCUUUCUUGUCCACCCACAACACUGUGAGGUGGAUUUCGGUUUUAUUAUGUAAACAAAGUUGUAUUUUCGGUUGUUUGACAAACCUCCUGAGAAGAGCCCGAGCAUGUUGCGUCAAUUCUAGGGGAAAGUGAAGGGAAGCGGUGAUACAGUGCAGUGUUAUAAAGAAGAAAAAAAAGCCCGUCGAAGAACGGGAGAAAGUCUCUUCCAGAAGGAAGAGUUUAACAAACAUCGAAACACGCGCGUGAUAAAAAAAAUUUAGUUCUUGAGAAUGUGAAGCGUCUGAGUUCCGAGAAGAAGAGAUCGUUAACCAGAAGAGCAAUGAUGCAGUUCAAAAUUCGUUUCUUUCUCCUGUGCGUGUUCCUGUCGGAAACCAUCGGUCACCGGGCUUACCUGAGAAGCUUCCAGACGCAAACCGUCAUCGAUCCGUGCUACGACGAGGACCGUCCCAGGCGAUGCAUGCCGGAUUUCGUGAAUGCCGCCUUCGGUGUUCCAAUCGAUGCGUCCUCCAUCUGUGGCAAAGAUAAACCCACUCGGUAUUGUGAUUACAAAGACCAACUGGCACGGAAUGAAUCCGUUUGUGACAUUUGUGACGAUUCCGAUCCCACUAAACGAUUCUCAUCACUUUCGCUGACCGAUGUGCACAAUUCGAACAAUGUAACGUGCUGGCGCUCGGAACCACGUGUUGGUUCCGUUGAUCCCGGAUCUCAACCGGACAACGUCACGCUAACCCUUUCGUUGGGUAAGAAAUUCGAGCUCACCUACGUUAGUUUGAUGUUCUGCCCGUACGCCAUUCGACCGGAUUCGAUGGCAAUUUUCAAGAGUGCAGAUUACGGCAAAACUUGGCAGCCGUUCCAAUUUUACAGUUCUCAGUGCCGUAAACUGUACGGACGGCCGAUUCGUGCCACCAUAUCGAAAACCAACGAACAGGAAGCUCGUUGUAUUGACCACAAUCGUUACAAUGCCGACGGUGUUCAAGGUUCACGGAUCGCUUUCAGCACCCUGGAAGGACGCCCAUCGGCUCAGGACUUUGAUUCGUCACCUGUUCUGCAGGACUGGGUAACGGCCACCGAUAUUCGGGUCGUCUUUCAUCGUCUACAGCCUCCCACUACGACCACCAUUCUGAAGACUCAAUCAUCGGAGCAGAUCAAGUACAAGAAGAGUGAGUAUAUCUCGAAGGAAAUCUUCACACCACCAUCGGCCGGAGUUUCCACCUACGCUCUGUCCGACUUUGCCGUCGGCGGGCGCUGCAAGUGCAACGGGCAUGCCUCCAAGUGCAUCAAAGGAGUGGACGGCAAAUUGGAGUGUGAUUGCAAGCACAACACGGCCGGACGUGACUGUGAACGUUGCAAGCCAUUCUACUUCGACCGCCCGUGGGGACGCGGCACCGUGCGGGAUGCGAACGAGUGCAAAGCAUGCAACUGCAAUGGCCAUGCACGGAAGUGUCGCUUCAAUCUGGAACUGUACAAACUGUCCGGACGGGUUUCCGGCGGGGUGUGCAGCGACUGCCGGCACGACACCACCGGGCGGCACUGCCACUACUGCCGCGAGGGUUUCUACAAGGAUCCGACCAAGGCCAUCACACACAAGAAGGCAUGCAAGCCAUGUGACUGCCAUCCGAUUGGAUCAUCGGGAAAAAAUUGCAACCAUACAUCUGGCCAGUGCACUUGCAAGGAAGGAGUAACGGGACUAACCUGUAAUCGAUGUGCUCGCGGCUAUCAGCAGAGUCGAUCCCAUAUCGCACCGUGCAUCAAAAUACCCCGCGUCACGAUGGUCAACCAUCAGGCACAGAACACGGCACCAGACUCCUAUCAGUACGAUCCAGAUGCGAGUGAAAGUACCAAAGAAAAUUGCGGCAAAUGUAGAUUUGACACGAAACGAUUAAAUCUGAAUAAAUUCUGCAAGCGAGAUUAUGCGAUCAUGGCAAAGGUUACCGGACGAACAUCGGCUCCUAGUGGCAAGCAGUCAUACGCAUCCCGCGACGAAAUCCGAUUCAAUCUGCAGGUGCAGACGGUGUUCAAAUCCACGAGUCCACUGCUCGGGGCGAACAGUCAGCGGAAGACCAACGUUGGUCUGUUAGUAUCCAGCAAGAAUCUGGACUGUCGGUGUCCGAGUAUUAAGAUCAACAAAUCCUACUUAAUAUUGGGCAUGGAUUCGAAGCAGAGCCCCGACUCGUUGGUGCUCGGACCGAAAACAAUCAUCAUCGAAUGGAAGGACGACUGGAAUCGACGGUUACGACGGUUCCAGCAACAAUCCGGCUCUUGCUAUUAAGCCGGAACGAAAGCAGAAAACCUAAACCGAAAAACGCGGUUCGAGCAAGUGACCGCGGAUGACGCCAGGAGUGCAGCGGUCAAUCAAGUCAAUUUGGAGCAGUUUCGUUGGGUGUUUGGUUGUGUGAGAACGUACGAUGUGCGGCGAGUGAUCGAAAGCGUGAUUUGCAUAUAAAUAUAUCUAUAAACUAUUAUUCUUGGACGUACAUUAUAGCAAACAGAUACAAAUGCACCCUUACUCAUAUGUAUUAUUAACGUAGCCGUUAACGAGUGGAUUGAUUGUGCUAGAGAAAGGCAAUUUUGGUUUUCGGUUUCCCCCCAAAUUGAACCGUGUAGAAAGUGUUUGAUGUUUCCAGAAAAGAAAAACGGGGAGAAAAACCGGAAAAUGAUUUUACCAACAAUAGUAUUUUUGUCUCUGUCAGUGCCAUUGAAAACUAUAUAAACUAAUGAUGAAAUGCAGCAAACUUAAGUCAAAAACAGUACUAACCGCGAUUAUACACAGCUAAAGCAGAAAAAAAUGUAUGCAAUAAUAAUGUACAAUAAACAAUUCUAGAGUGUACAAUUUCGAUUUUAAGAUCAAAAUGUGUUUAUUUUUUCGUUUUUUUUUUGGAAAUUUCGCUUAAAUGCAGUCAUCCAUUGUUGAUCACAUAAUUUACAAUUCUUAGCCUCAUGAUUCGCUAGCUAAAAAGCCAGUGAUUCUGAGUGUCGUCUACACGCUAGUAGUUUUAUGUAAAUAGUACAAGCUACUCUCGUUAUAAUUUUACCAGCAGGAAACCGUAUUCUGUUGGGGACAUUACCCUAACAAUCGAUGUCAUAUUCUAACACAACAAUGAAGGAUGAGAAUGUUUGUCGUACAAAAUCAGUUUAUUUGUUUCGUUAGAAUUCCACUGUAGUUAUUAUGCAAAAAGUGAUUUAUUUAUUCGAAACAAAAUUGGAUAUGAUACUAUAGUAAUAGAAAAAAAUCAAUUUGGCUAUCGAGCACAAGACGAAAACCAAUUAAAUAUUGAAUGCAACUUUUACAGUUUUUGUUCGGGGCGAACAAGUGACUUUAUUUGGUAUACAUUUGGUUAAAAAUAACGCAGUAGGUGUCAUUCGAAGUGCAUCGAAAUGACGACAAACAUUAUGAAUGGUACUACCUGCAAUCGGUAGCCUCGCAAUAAUUUCUCUUUUGCCUUUCAAUUAAAGCCUAAAGAUACGUAUUUCUAUGAUUUAUUUGCAAUUAUCCGAUAGAAGGAUUUAGUUUUCAUAUUAAUAAAAAGAGUUAAAGAAAAGCUCCGUAACAAUCUAGAAAGAAAGAGAGAUGUAGAUUGAGAAAGAUAUUUAAUAGAAACAGAUAAUCGAAAGAGAAAGCAAACAAUCUAUACUUACGUGUCGGUCCCAUCUUAGCAUGCGUUGCUUUUCUCGCACCUAGCAAAAUCGUGAAAUCAUGUCUGCUUUGGAUGCAAUAAAACUGUAUGGACUGAGGAUUCUUCCACUGAAGUGACGGCAUGUAUGGAAACUGCUAAGAGCCACUUUACCAAAAAUUAGGUGAUUGAACGAAGCCCUACUUCUUCUUAUUCUUCAUUUCUGGAUGGCGUCACUUCACUUGAGAUGACACCGAUUGAUGCCACAGCAACCUAGGCUAUAUUGCCAGUUAAUUUUCGUUUAUAACCCCACGGACUUUCUUUUUACUUGACUACAAGCAGACCCUGUCAGCUUGGAGCGAAAUCAAUCUUCAGUUCAGCAACGCCAUCGCACGGUGCCACAUUCAACAUAUCAUGUCAAUUGUAUGGGUGCGCAGUGCUGCUAUUUUGGCGCGUACGAAUUUAACAUUUCUCUUCCCUACUUCUGUGUACGAGAUUCGAUGCGAACUCGCCUGAGGGCGCCAUGCACGCAAAAAAUGUUGUUGCCAAUGAUUUGUUCGGGAAAUGUGAGAGCUGGAUAUCUUGUUAAUAUGAUGUCUUUGCUACAAGUGAAAACAUCGCUGCGUGACAAUGUGAAGUCGCUAAAGUAGGGAUGAAAAUCGUUUCUUUCUCGCUUUCCACCGAACUAACACGAUACAACGUGUUCACUCCUUGAGGGUUUCACCAGAAGUAGAACGGAGUCAGCGUUACCAGCUCAUUUUUCCAAAAAUCUGUAUUUGGCGCAAAAAUCUAUCUGUACCAUAUCGAUAUCAGAAUCCCGUAACAUAUGUACCAGGAAAAUGUUAUCAAAGCUCAUUUUGACGAGCAAAAAAAAGGUCCCACAGCAACCUUUUCUAUCCAAGCUAAAACCGAAAAUCGGUAUUUAUCUGUACGAUCCGUGAAUUAUCGGUAUUUUGGGAGUACAUAUCUGUAUUGCGGUAUAGAGGUCAAAUAUCUGUAUAAAUACCGAGAAAUCGGUAUACCUGGCAACGGUGAACGGAGCCCUAAAACUAAAUGGAAGAUACUGAAAAUUCUAUGACUAGCUGGUCCCGUGUACACUGCACAAAAUUUUUUUUUACCUGAAUUCGUAUACUACACUGAUAAAAAUUGACACGUAGACAUCAUAUGCGAAAAAACAUGUAAACUAUGACUAUUAGUGAAACACACAAAAUUUGCAUUUCAUUUAGAUUAUAAAAUAAGAGUAAAAUCUAUGAAUUCAUUUGACAUUCUAAACCCGGUGAACGACCAUAAUUAGGUUAGGGUAUAAAUAAACGAUAAAAAAUUGAUUUGACAUUCACUUCAAAAUGAUAAAGGCUUAUGACGUCUGAUUCUAUUUGAAUUUCACAUGCAUAUCUCUUCGUUUUUCAUAUAGAUGUCAAUUGAAUCACGAUUUUCCAAGUCAAGUAUUUUUCGUAUAAAUACACCGCAUACAAAUCUCUGCUUGAGAAAAAUGUGAUGAACAUAAGUAGAACAUGUUUUAAACACGAUCAAUGGGAAAAACGUACCCUAGCUGAGUGAAGAAGCAAUAAAACUAGCAUUGUGAAGUGAAUUUACUCAUGAACUUCAUGUUGAAAUAGCUUGUGAACUUUUAUCAGUAUAGCCUAUUAAAAUAAUUGAUAGGGGAAGGUGGGAUAACACGCACCCCGGGGCAAAACGCGUUCCAUGCUUUUCUUAGAAGUUACAAAAAUUUUCGAUUAUUUAUUUUAAAGUUGUGAGUCCAUUAUGACGAGAUAUAACUAUAAAAUUUUGACAAACAUGACAUGACAAAGCUUUAUGGAGGUGCAUUUUACGUGCGUAUUGUCUGACUGUGCAGAAAAAAAGGUUGUUUAUGAUCGUUCUGAUUCUAUGUUCAAAUAUCUAUGAGUUCGCGCAAUUUUACAAGCAUAUUUUGCUUGUUUUCCACGUUCGGGCGUUUAGCUUCACACAUAUUUCGAAGAAAAAUUUGUAGGCGGUUUUAAAAAUGAGAUAAUUUCACGUAGUUUUCUAUGUAUACUGCGUGCAUUUGCUCAUAGUUAUGAGAAAUGAUGAUUACUGAAAAUAGUCGUGCAUGAACUUUCACGUUUCAUUUUCUAUCAUUAAGACAUAUAAAUCUUUCUUUACGGUGUGCUUAUUUCCCCAUCUUCCCCUACCACACACUAAAAACUGAUUCUCGAGUUUGGUAUAGUGAAAUAUCAAAAGAUAUCGACAACUCGAAAUUUCCCUGAUUGUUCAGUGCUCCAACAGCUCCUUUCCUACAUUCGUUUUAACUGUAGUCUUAUAUCUUUGUAAAUCUCAUCUUUUUGCCGAAGUUUGGCAGAAUAAGUUACCGAACAGUAACAGCGACAAAUAUACCGAAACCUGCGAAUGCGUUUGCCGAGAUGCUGAACGGUGUGUCAGUUUUUCUCGAAAUUCGCUGUGUAACCUGUCAUCUUUUGUCACACCUUUUUCUUUUUUCACGAAUACAUAGCCGAAGAUGAUUACACGAUCGAACCAAUCAGCGAGAUUAAAAACUACACUCUUAGGAAAAAUGAAAUUUACGCUUGACGUAAAUUCAAGUAUGCCGUAAUUUUUUCGGUGAUGACACAAUAUUACAUCUACUAACAUGUAAAUUUAAGUUUUGCGUCUAUAUCGACGUAAGCUUCAGUUAGAUUAACUGUGAAGUUAAUGAUAUGACUUAUCUUUACAUGCUUUGUAUUGUGAAUGUAAGUGAAUCGCGACGCUCCUUUUAUGUGCACACUUAGAAAAAUUUACAUCCCUAUAGAUGCACAUAAAAGGAGCGUCGCGAUUCACUCACAUUUACAAUCCAAAGCAUGUAAAGAUCAAGUCAUAUGAUUAACAUUACAGUCCAUUUAGCUGAAGGUUACAUCGAUACAGACGCAAAGUUUAUUUUUACAUAUCAAUAGAUGCAAUAUUGCAUCAUCAACGAAGAAAUUACGGCAUACUAGAAUUUACGUCAAGCGUAAAUUUUGUUUUUUCUAAGAGUGGUGAAAAUGAAUCAAAACUAAAUUAGCUUAAUUUUACAUAAAUUUCAACUCAACAUUUCAUUUUACAUGUUGAUAGAUGUAAUAUUCGGUCAUUGGCUGAAAAAGGUUUGGCAUGCUUGGAUUUACGUCAGGUGAAAGAUUAUUUUUUCUCUUAGAGUGUUCUUUUAGAUAUCUGCUUAUUUGCUAGAGGAGUAUAAUGGACAAAUAAACAUAAUUUUUUUUUUACGUUUGAUUUUCACUAUUUAAUAUUUUAAGUUAAAAUGAGAACUACCCCAGCCCAAGCUUUUGGACCAUUAUUUCAUGCAAUAAUGAAGAAAGUUAAUUUCUACACUGAUGAGUCGGUAAUGCACGACUUAUUUCAAGGCUUAUGGAUUGCCGAGAUUGUCAGUAAUUUUUCAUUUCACGGAAACAUUUACCGAGCACUUAAUGUUGCAAUUUUUGACAUUUUUGAUGAAUAUCAGCAUUAAAAUUUAAGUGUGCAUUUUUUUUCGGUUCUGCUCGGAAUGCCUUAAACUCAGAUUGACGAUAGCUGUUCAUUUUUGACAGUAUCAAUUCGGAUUAUAUGUUUUGAUUUGUUGCCAACAUUACGGAUGAGAUGGUCUCACUCUGGUUUUGGGUACUCUAGUUCCGCAUAUUUCAAGUGACAUCCAGGGAUGCCAAGAUCAAGAACAUAAAAUCUAUACCGUUUGGAAGAAAAAGUCUGUUAUAAUCUUCCAUCAUUUAUGUCGACAAAAACUAAGUUCCAUUGGUUCCACUACGUUGUGACUUCGACUUUUUCGUCCAUUAAGAGCUCGUGCAUAGCAAAUUGAGGGCAUACACAGACUUAAAGUUUAACCACAAACGAAUUUCCAGACAUGACAGUCACGAUCUUUUUUUGGCGCACAUCUACGGUCCUCCGUGAAACUGGCACCAAUGGUGAUAAAUUGAUUGCACUGCUGAGUUCCCAUCAUCGCAUUCAUAAUGCAAAUGUCAAACCGUGAGAACCCUUUCGAUAUGUUAGCUCAUUUGUAUAUAUUGAGAUUUCAUGGCACACUUUGGUCGAAAUGAUAACAAUGCAAUUAAUCUCGCGCUACACCAAGCGGUGAGCGCGGUCAUUUUAGAAGGUACCGGGAGCGGACCAGAUUUUUUUUUUAUAUUUAUAAGCACAUGUCUUUAUUAUUUAUCUUUGGUUUAAGUCUAAUUGAGCGAAACUUUUUAAUUACACUGUGGCAUAAUGUAUUUACUGUCAUAUAGUUUGGUUUUCUCUCAGUAAACGAUCACUAGAGGUUAAAGCCGGAAUUAAAUAAACGACUUGAUUUCGUUUUUUCGACUUAUUAGAGAAGUUGAAACGAUUUAUUCAAAAUGGAGUUAUUUCAUGAUCAAACAUUUUGAAAAUUACGUGAAAUCCACAAUAUCUACCAAUAGAUUUGGUUAGAAUGUUCGGCAACUCUGAUGACACCCGUCGUGCAUCGGCUAACAUUUGUAAAAAUUGAGUAGAUACUAUCCAAAAAUGAGUAGUCAUAAAAAGAAAUGCUGAUCGAUGUACGACGGAUGUUUCUUAAAAGCAGCGAAACUUUCAUCAGACAUCGGAUCAAUCAAUUUAAUUUCACUCUGAGAAAAAAUGAAACCGUCGCUUGACGUUAUUCAAACUUGCCAGAAUAUAAUAGAUAUCUAUUAACAUGUAAAAAUAAUAUUGGUGUCUAAAUCGAUGUAAACUUCAGCUAAAUUAACUGUGAAGUUAAUGAUAAGACUUAUCUUUACAUACUUUGAUUUGCAUCCAUAAAGACGUAAAUUUACACGAUUUUUUCUAAGUGUGUAGGUACUACCCAAAUUCGGGUAUAACCGCAUUUUGUAAAACUGAGAAGCGGUGAAAAAGAAUGUGAUUUUUUCUUUUUCUCUUCACGAUGCCAGAAAUUAUUAUUUUUCGUUUACAUUUGAAACUAAACCCAACCCGGCUUCAGUGUUACCAUAUUUACAGAUUUUUUUCUAUAAAACUAUACCUUUUUUUAACCCAUUUUGCUAUACGUAUUCUGCACAACAGAUCACAGAUUUUUUACAGAUUUCAAACAAUAUUUCGCAAAAUUGACAGAACGUUUCUCACAGAUAUUCACAGAUUUCAAACGAAAAUGUGUAUCACAGAUGAUAAACAGAUUUUUCAUGAUGGAAAACAGAUUUUAAAAUGACAGCUUGCCCAGUUUUGACUGCAGCCCAAAGAUGCCAGGUAAUUUUGCUGAAAAACCAAAGAUCAGUCUGUGCAAAAUCUGUGCACACUUUCCAUAACAUCAUUGCUGAUCGAAAUCGUUUUGGUGAGCAAAACUAGGACUUGCUAGUUCCGAACACUGCUAGUACCGAACAAUCUGUGAACCUGGCAUCUCUGCUGCAGUCUGUAAAAAGUAUGGUUUCUAUCAUCUCACAACAAAAGGGCCAAAAACAGUUUCUCUUUGUUUACAUUUUCUCUCUAUUAUUACGGAGCAACUAAAGACAUUUUUCCAAAAUUAAUCCAAAGCUUGUGGUUUUCACUGUGAAGAGCUAAGCGUCAAAGCAUGGGACGAUUGAUUAUACAGUACUUGGGGAUGCAACUGGGUUAGUUUUGGCUUCAAGCGAAAACCGACAUAAGUAUUGCGUGAUUGCAAGCAAGAAAUUGAAAAAAAUUUGAUCAAAGUUUGGCAUAAAAAUAAUGAACUAAGAAUAUAUGAUAAAUUAGAUUGAAUCUAAACCAGAGUUUUGCACAUUCGAAUGGAUGAUAAAUGCAUUUUGCUUUAUUUUAGUUUUCCGCUUCAAACUCAGGUUAUUUGAUGGUAAUAAUCUGCUUUCUUACAACAAUAGAGAGAUAAAAUGAAAGAUUCUUUUCUUUCAUUUUACCUCUCUAUCCCAUAGAACUCGAAAAUUAGUUCAACUUUUUAAUAAUGUUUCAAAGCUUUGCUGACUUUGUGUCUGCUUAUUGUCAAAUGCAAACAACAAAACCUACUCUCAUAUCCGUUUCCGUUGUAUUUCGGUGAAAUAAUGGAAAAUCAUUUCUAUCUCUCCAAAAUACUUGUUCGUCUCUCAGUCUGGAAUCUUUUCCACCUUGUGCUCAACCAAACCCAAACAAUUUAAACAUUUUUCAUACGCAAGCCUGUUAAUGUACGGCAAAUUUCGCAAAAAAAAAGAAAACAAUUUAAGCAUUUUUGCUUCAUAGUAAAACGUCACAAUUAGUUUGUAAGCCCAAUAUGUCAUGUUGAACAAAUGAGUAAACCAAGUAAUAAAAGAAUCUUUUUUUUUACAUAAUGUGAUUAUAUUUCUGUAUAUAAAAAUCAAACUAAUCGAUAGCCCGCGAACUUAUUAAAAACAAGAACAGCAAGUAAAAAAAACUUCAAUUCGCUAUUCGCAAUUGUUAGGAAACUAAUUUAAAUAUUCAACAGAUAGCACAAAAGUAUAGCAGUGAAUAUAACGAUGAUGAGGAUUUCUGUUUUUUAGAUUUUUAAUAAGUGUUUCUGUUCCAUAUCAUACAACAAUCUUCCACGAACUAAGAAAAUUCAGCGACACUCUCAAAAGGUAAAACCUUAGUGGCAGUCGGUCCACCAUAUUUCGAUGAUUGAUGUACACAAAACAGAUCCAGACGAGUUCAUGAUAUAUCCAGUUUCUGUCGAAUUUAAUGCCAAUUUACUAAAAAGAAAAACAAACAAACAAAAGCAAGCAAAGAAAUAACCAAUAGAUGUAUUAAUCAACCCAAAUCUUAAUGUUUUGAGCGCUUCUCAUGAUAGCUGGCAACUGAUCUAAAAGAAAAUAAAAAGUUCAACAUACUAAACUGAGAAAUCUACAAGUAUUGUAAAGUGGUCAACCACGGAAUCGCGGCAGAAAGCUGUAAAACAUAAUAAAAUCAUUAAAUUAUUUUAUAUUAAACAGAACAACAAACGGUGUAA